AUGGCAUCAAAAGCAACCGAGUUGCCACUUCGGAAUGGCUCGGAGCCGGAGGAGAAUGUAACGAAACCGUUAAACCGCGCUGAUGAGGUUGAUGAUCUACUCAAAGCCGUGCAAUCACUCAUCAUCCCAUUCAUCAGAUCCGCUGAUGAAGAUGCGGCAUCUAAACCCAGCGGUCACAGUGGUGGUCCCCGAACUGCUUUGGUGGAACAGCACAAGCCGGAACAACUCGUCAGGCUCAUGGACCUCGAUCUACCGGGCGAUGGGAAGGGGAAGGAGGGGCUCUUGGAGACGGUGCAGCAGGUGCUGAAGUAUAGUGUUAAUACGUGGGAUCAGGGCUUUUUGGAUAAGCUGUAUGCGUCGACGAAUGCUGUUGGAGUGAUAUCCGAACUCCUCCUCUCAGUCCUAAACACCAACCUCCACGUCUACCAAGUAUCCCCCGCCCUAACCGUAAUCGAGAAAACCACCACCCGCGCCCUCGCCACCCUCUACGGCUUCACCGGCCCCCACGCCGGCGGCAUCAGCACCCAAGGCGGCAGCGCCUCCAACACCACCUCGAUAAUCCUCGCGCGCAACACGCUCUACCCCAGCACCAAACGCAGCGGAAACGGCUCCCACAGAUUCGUGCUCUUCACGUCAGCGCACGGUCACUACUCGCUGGAGAAAGCAGCGCAGAUGUGCGGGCUCGGCAGCGAUAACGUCUGCGCAGUCCCGGUGGACGCCCGCGGACGUAUGGUGCCGAGUAAGUUGGAGGAGCUGGUGAUGCAGGCGAAAGAGGAGGGCCAGACGCCCUUCUAUGUCAAUGCGACGGCGGGGACCACGGUGCUAGGCUCGUUUGAUCCGUUUGUGGCUAUUAGCGAAGUGUGCAAGAAACACGGGCUCUGGAUGCACGUCGAUGGCUCCUGGGGCGGGCCAGUGGUCUUCUCAGCGCGGCAGCGCGCCAAGUUGCUCGGUGUCGAGAGGGCGGAUUCCGUGGCGGUCAAUCCGCAUAAGAUGAUGGGCGUCCCGCUUACAUGUUCGUUCUUGCUGGGUCCUGACAUGCGGAUUUUCCACGCGGCGAAUACGUUACCUGCAGGCUAUCUUUUCCACGAGAGCGAGGGUGAGGGCAAGAGCGAAGAGGUGUGGGAUCUGGCGGAUCUGACGCUGCAGUGUGGGCGGCGAGGCGACUCCCUAAAACUCGCGCUCGCAUGGAUAUAUUACGGACACUCAGGCUUCUCUGCACUCAUCGACCACGCCUUCUCCAUCGCAGCUUAUUUCGCGCACCAAGUAACCUCGAAGCCGAACUUCGUCCUGGUAUCGGAGAACCCGCCGCCGUGUCUGCAAGUCUGCUUCUACUAUGCUCGAGACGGGGUUCUGGCGCACGAGGAGCAGGAGAAUACGAGGAUCACGAGCACGAUUGUACAGGCGCUCAUCCCGAGGGGGUUCAUGGUUGAUUAUGCGCCUGGGGAGCGGGGGGCUCUGUUUAGAGUGGUGGUUAAUCAGCAGACGCUGGAGGGGACGGUUGAUGGGCUGAUUAGGGCGAUUGAGGAGGUGGGGAGGGAUGUUUGA